AAAGAGCUCUCUGUCCACAGAUAGCUGUUUCAGAAGAGGAAAGGGUCCUCAAACUCAACUGUCAGAAAUUGUAUAGGACAAUGGACUACCGUUCUAAUAAUGGGAGUUUGGAUGAAGAUGGAUAUACUCAAUUAGACUUCCGCUCUCAAGGCACCCCCAGGACACCUGUGAGCUCAAAGAAAGUCUCUGAUCCCUUUGGCUCCUCAGGAACUUGUACUGACUCUCUUCCUUGUCGAACUAUUGCUGUGGUUUUGGGAAUUCUGUGUUUGAUACUUCUUGUGAUAGCUGCAGUCCUGGGUACCAUGGGAGCUCUUUCGCAUUCUCAUUCUUGCCCCCAUGGCUGGAUCAAGCAUAAAAAGAACUGUUAUCUAUUUACGGACACAUUAGAUUCCUGUUUUUUAAGCAAAAGAAAAUGCUCUCUACAGGGUGCUCAUCUCCUGAAGAUAGACAAUGAAGAUGAAUUGGUAUUUAUAGAAGAACAAGUGGAUUUACAAAAAGAUCAUUCCUUUUGGAUAGGACUUUCUCGCCAAGGUAAAGGAUAUCCAUGGCUCUGGGAAGAUGGUUCAGGGAUCUCGCCAGGUCUGAUUGAUGUCAAACCAACACCUACUGUCCCAAAUGCAUCUCACAAUUGUGUAUGGAUUCAUCAAUCAGUCUUUUAUGACCAACUUUGUGGUGAGGUCUCAUUCUCUAUUUGUGAGAAGAGGCUGCUAAUGUAAUGUUGUGGGGAGUAACAUAGAGAGAAUGACCCUGAAUGCAGAGCCAUGGGUAACACCUGAGUGUCCUGUGUAAUAGAAAAGGAAAGGAAGAAAGAAAGAAAGAAAGAAAGAAAGAAAGAAAGAAAGAAAGAAAGAAGAAAGAUGAAAGAAAGAAGAAAGAAAGGAAGGUAGGAAGGAAGGAAGGAAGGAAGGAAGGAAGGAAGGAAGGAAGGAAAUGAAUAUAAAGAAAUUCUAAAUUCAAAAAAAUGUUGAAGAUGUCAAGAGAAAUAAUUAAAUUUUAAUGACAGUUGAGAAAGAGAAUGGAAAAUAUGUUUCUCCACCCACAAAUUCUAUUGGUAAGUCAGUAUUAGAUAAUAAUAGUAUGAGCUCAUAAUAAAUUAGACAUAAAGCCAGGCCAGCUAAGCUUAGAUCACUGUAAUCUAUCUAUGUGAUAUGUUUUCAUAAUUUGCUCCUCAGCUUCUAGCAGUAUAUCAUAUAUAGGGGGAAGACAAAUAUAUUUCUGAGCAAUUAAGUAAAAAUAAUUCAGUAUAAUCAGAACUGUUUUAUUAUUUUCUAUCAAUAUUUUGUGACCAUAUCCUCAUUAAAAGCAGUACCUUCUUAUUUUUCCUCAAUAGCCCAGAGGUUAUCUGCCAUACUUCUAACACAAGUUGUAGAAUGUGAAAUUGUCAGGAAAGUACUCUUAUAAGAAGGAUUUCUGAGGUUGGAGACAUUUAAGGGUAGUAAAGUGACUAAGGUGUUCGCUGUAUAAAGUUUGGUUCAAUCCCAGGAACCACCAGGAAUGAUUUCUGAGCACAGAGCCAAGAGUAGCCCUUGAGCAUUCCUGCGUAUAACCCAAAAACCCAAACUUCCACCCCCCAAAGAAAGUUUUUAAUUGUUAAAUUCUCUAAAGAAAACACAUCAAAUAACAUAGACUGAGUGUGAUCAUUUUCAGUGUAUGACUACUGUUUGGGAGUUCAACAAUUCUUCCAUUAUUAUUGAAACAUGCCUAUGUUUUCUUGUAUAAUGACUUUUCAUUUAUUAAAUUUUCCCACUGGUGCUACUUUUUAUUUCCAGUGGAUAUUUUUAUGUUCAUUAUAGUCUUACAUGUAUAUUGAAAUAAAAACAGAAAUUGUGUCAGUUAUUGCAUUGUUUACUUUCUAUGUUUAAUUUUGUUUUGUAA